GCUUAGAUGAUUCGGGAAUGAAUGAGCCCAUGAAACUGUUGAGGAAGAACAUGCUGUCACUGCAUGCGCACGUGGACAACAGGUUGGACUUCAUGCAGAGCACUUUGGACCAGAUCCUGGACGUUUUGACAAGGCCAGGAUAUAGGCUACCAGCACAAUCGCCGUUGCCGUUAUCGGCGAUGUCAGGCCACUUUCCAGUUCAAGCUGGUACACAGCCAAGUGGUACAUCUGCAGCAGCCUCACAGACUGUUGCAUCUUCUUCUUCGGGUCCAGCAGUGAUAGCUACAUCACCGCAACAACCUGUUCAGCAAUCUGGACAAACGCAAGGUCAAUGGUAUCCUAAGACCCCGAUGAAACCGCCUCUUGCCUUCUCAGGCGAGAGAAAGGACGAGGAACUCAACACAUGGUUGAGAACGGUCCCGGUUUGGGUGAAGGCAAAGAGGACCUUGCCUGAGGACGAAGUGGUAACUGCUGCAUCCUACCUUGAGGGUAAGGCAGCCAAGUGGCUAGAUGGAGUAGUUGUAAAGGCCGGGUACGGGCGACGCAUGGCGGACUGGGCUAAGUCUUUGACGUUAGACCAGUUCAUGGAAAUGGUAGAAGCUCGAUGGCAUAAUCCACAGGAGGCACAAAAGGCCGCUGAUGCCAUUAACAAACUAGACCAACGAAAGUUCAGGUCAGUUAGAGAGCUUACGACUACCGUUGAGAGCCUGAUCCUCGUCCCAAGCAUCAACUACAGUGACCAGUUCCUGUUAACAACGUUUGUUAGAUAUUUGUCGGAGAACAUCAGAAACUUGCUGGCCAGCGAGGCACGCACAGAGUAUCAUUCGUUUGAGACAUUGUCUAGGAAGGCUUUAGAUUUGGAGGCCACUCUAGGCAAUGCUCAACCCACCUCACAGAAUGACUCAAAGAAGAAGAAGAGUCCUCAGGAGUGGAAGAAGAAGGGAGCAAAGUUGAUGAUGGUUGAGUCUGAUGGGACUCAAACUGGGAUUGACGAACUCUCUGACCUGAUGGACUAUUCAGAGUAUGACGGCGAGGAGGUAGCUGAGGGUAGCACCCUCACCGCGGUAGUAGAGACUAAGGAAGGUGGCCGAGGGAAGGGCCAACCUAGGGGUCAAGGAAAGGCCGCCUCCAAUCAGACCAAACAGGCUGAGUGGGUUAAGGCAGGUCUUGAUCAAGACGUGUGGCGUGACCGCCGAACGCGUGGCGCUUGUAUCAACUGCGGGGAAUACGGACACUCGCAAUACAAGUGCCAGAACGCUAAGGUUACGCAAAAGGUUGCUCCAAAGAUGGGGGCAACUUAUUCCCAGGCCUCUAGCUCGGGAAACUCGUGAGGCCAGUGGAAGUAUUAGUUGCUUCUACUCAAGAUGAAGUAGGAUUGAUACCCUCCCUACUUCAUGACAAGGCCAAGGCUAAUGACCCCUUAGUCACCCCACAGACACAACUAGACCAAACUAUGCUCUGUACGUUAGAUGUGUCUGAAGCCUUAGAGGACUUGGAGAGUGAGUGGUCAAACAAGGACCCUCGCGAGUCUUGGGUGGCGCUGAGGAAAGGUCCUAGAGGGGAACAUUUCGUGGUGGAAGUCGAGGUAGGAGGCCGCAAAUGUAGUGCCUUCAUAGACAUAGGCUCCACACGGAAUUACAUAAGUCGCGACUGUUUGGAAAGGCUGCACCUACAGGACCGGGUACGACACCUUAGUAGACCAGUAGCAUCUACUUUGGCCAACAAGGAGCGAUUGAUUGUAACAGACUAUAUCAAGGACGUAGUCUGUACCUUCUCCUAUGGAGGAGGCGAGCUUAACCAUAAGAUCUC